UUUUAAUUUCUUUCGUUUGGCGUCGGUUGCACUGUGGGAGUCUUGCAAAAAUAGUUUUACUUGCGAAUUAAAAGUUGAAUUUGUGCAAUCAAAGAAAUUAGCUACGUUGGAAUUAAAGAAGACUGGAGAAGAAGAAAAGAAAUAAAUAUACAAUAGCUCUCUAUUAUUAAAGCGUAACCAAUGCUAAGCAAAAUGGCUCAACCUAAUAAUGUGGCAAGUAGUGGCGGCGGUAGUAAUGGCACAUCCGCUGGAGGCAGGCGAGCACCGCUCUCGUUGACCGGCAGUGGAGGUACCACAUCUCGGCUGCAGCAAGUGGUUGGCAACAAUGGGCGCUCCCAUAGUCCACAGAACAGCAAUGUUAACAAGAAAACUGAACAGCAAGCCGCUAAUUUAGCCAAGAAGUCUAGCAGUAGCGCUAGCCAACAACGCUCCUCAAGCUCAUCCUCUGUCAGCUCCGUCGGCACUUAUGGAUCAGGCAAAGAAGAUGAGAAGAAGCAACAGAACGGCGUGAGCAAAGCCAAUCAAACUAAAGCCGCGCAAAACGGCAGCUCUAUACCUGUGCCUAAGGAGCAGUCCAGGCCCAAAGAGAAAGUGGAAAAACAAGAUAAGAAACAGGCGUCUAAAGAAGAGGUGCCCAAAGUGGAGGCCAAGCCAAACAAGAAAGAAGAAGUUAAUGCAACAGUUGGCGAACCAAAGCAAAACGAAUCUGCUAAAGGGUCAUCCUCCGAAGUGAUUAUCAUAUUGGAUGAGUCACAGGAGGAAACAGUUAGUCGUACACCAACUUCGGAGCGCAAAUCACGUAAAGCAGCAGCAAAGUCACCGAACAAGGCAGAGCACAACGAAAAACCGGUGGAAACAGUGCAAAAAUCAGUUGUGCAGACAAAAGACAAAGCCCUUGCCGCUGAAGCUGUCGAAGAUGUUGAAAUGGAAGCCCUCACAAUGGAUGCUUCGCCCAUUAAAAACGUCGUAGCCACAACAAGCAGUCAGCCUGCUGCCACAUCAACCCCGGGACGAAAUCUCUUUGGCUUUCGCAGCAGCGCCAGCAAGCAAAACAACAAGGAGGAGCCAGAAGUCGCUCAGCCAGCAGCUAGCUCACCAUCGGUGGCACGUAGCUUUGCUCAGAUUACUGGACGUCGCAGCAUUCGCCCAUUGUCCACACUGACGCCUGGCAAGUUGACUAGCUAUCGUUGUGCCGCUAACAACAGCGAGCUGGAAACUUCAAGCUGCACAAAUACAAGCAUGAAUGCCACUGUGGGCUCCGAGAUACCAAAUAACUCGUCGUUUUCGUUCUCUUUCUUUGGACGCGGACGUAAGCGGGAGCGCACACCACCACCACCGCUAUCGGGCAGCCAGUCGACCAAUGAUUUGGCCCAAGACGUUGAAAUGUCUCCACCGAAACGCGCACGCUUUGAUCUCUUCAGCCUUAACUUGGCCUCUCCGUUUACAAUGCUGCGCUCGCGCUUUUCCAAAGCUACAAUAAACUCGCCCUCAGCGCGCCAGCGUCUGGAUCUGACACCACCAGCUGGUGAGGAUGAGAUUGGCGAAGUACAAAAUGUUUCUGGUAUUGUAGUACAAGAGGAAGAGAAACAGGAGCAACCACAACAGCUUAACAAAUCCAAUACCAGCAAUGAAGUAACUGUAGCUAUGGAAGCUGGUCUGGAGACACCAAAGAAGAGCAGCUCACCAGUGAAAGAAGCCGUGGAAAUGGACACAGAGAAAAAGGAGGGUCAGGACGUUGAUGUACCUGUAGCUGAAGCAACUGCACAAACCGCCACCGACAGCGAAGGUGCCAACAGAUCGCGUUGUGCCAUUAUGUAAAAGAUUUCUUCACACCUGAUCCCACUUCCUUUUACAUUUAUUCAUAAGUUCAAUGUCUAUCAUUGUGUAGCGUUUAUAUAUGAUAAACCCUCUUUGGUAAUUUGUGUUCUGACUAAAAUUACAUGUUUAAGAGUGAUCUGGAAUGUAUUUACUUAGCGGCGGCGAUGGCUUCGCUUUUCUAAACAAUUGGAAAAAUGUUAGCCAAACCCUAAAAAGUAUAUAUCAAUUUGAUUUAUUGCUACAUAUUUGUGCAUAUGUUUUUGAUAUCGCAAUAAUGCACAAGUAUCUACCAAUAUAUCAAAUCUUACUUCUAUAAAGAGAUUUACAUAAAUACAUUCAUACCCAAACCAAGUUGGGUACAACAAAAAUAAAUAUAUCACGUUAGCAAGGUCAUAUUUAGAUCUAGAUUCUAAAAAAAAUAAU